CAGUCUAACUGAGUCUCUGUCAGUCUCUGUCUGCUCUUCAUAGAGCACGGUCGCCAAAACACACUGAUGCAGCCACAUUCUACUUCUCUCUUUCUCACUUCAUCACAUGGCGCAGUUGGUAGGGUUUCAGAGACAAAAGUCGAACGGACACUGGACAAAUUCACGAAUGGAAUGGGACCUAUUCUUCCUCUUUCCCCACACUCUCUACACAUUAACAAUAAGCUACAACAUUCACAGCUGAUUGCACACAGCACACGUGCUGAUGAUGCAAAUAGAAACUAGGUUUGUCUUGUACUCGUCUUUGCUUCGUUAAAUUCAUUUCCAUUCACCUCUAAAACGGGAUCUUUCUCUCCACCAAAAAAUGUAAAUGGACAUGGGAGGCAUUUUGUGAAUUUCUAAACACUCGAAUUCAGUGGCCACAUAAAUUCACAGACAAUUUCUUCCCGGUUCGUUUGGUUGUUUACGCGAAAACUGGAGCGUGAAAACACGCGGGAGGUAGUAACAUUUACAUUUUGAAAAUGGACGCGAACAAAGGGUAGAUGCUAUUUUUUUCAAUUAUUUCGUUGCGAAUAUUAUUUGCAAUUUGCAUUUUGUUAUCAGCGAUUAGCGAAUUUUGGUUCGUUUCUUAAUUUUGCGCUCGAUCAUUUUUUAAAUCCGGCAAUAGUGCAUCUCGUAAAAAUAAUGCAACCGAUUUUUCGCGCCUAGUAUUUUUUAGGGCAAAGGGCGACAGAGAAAAAUAAUAUUUAGAAAUUGUUUUCGUUGACUGUUUUGGGUGCCAUUUUGUACUUUUGAGGUCUCUCAGAUUAGUCGAUUUAGAUAACUGUUGUCCUUAAUAUGCCUCAACCGAAAUGGUACGGAAAAUCUCUUUCGGCAUUGUGCAUGGACAAUAUCGUCCUUAACAUGGAGAAAUUUACGGCAUUACGUAGUUUGGAGCAUGUUUCCUGGCAUUUUUAUCAUAUGCCUUCACAUUGUCUGGAGUACGUGACUGAAUGUCUCUUGAAAGAGUACUCGAUAACAGAGGACAUGUUUCAUUUGCUCUUGAGCCCACACUUGAAAGUUCUGGAUUUAUCACAAUAUCAUCUGGGCACUGGAUGUGAUGCCAACAGAAAUCUUCGCAUCUUUCGUCUAGCAUCUGACAGAUGUUUGCAACUCACUACACUGAAGCUUUAUGAAGACUGGGUUCCCAAAAGAAAGAGAAAUUUUGAAGUAGAAGAGACUUUUGCUUGUAGUUUGCAGCUUUUCGAACACCUGCAGAUCCUUGAUUUAAGUGGCACAAUUUAUGGUGCAAGAAGCAUGCUCAAACUUGGAUCAACCAAUAAACCAAAAAUAAGGGAGUUGAUAGUUGAUUCCUGCCCUGGUGUGAACGAUACAGUAGUUGAAGUGUUUUGCAAAGGUCAAAGUUCCCUUCAGAAAUUAUCAGUUUAUGGAACGGAAGUGACUCAUUCCGGAAUUCGAUUUGCUAUCGAACAUUUACCAGAGCUGAAAGAAUUAAAUUGCAGCAAAGAGUCUGAUAAAAUCCUAAAAGCUUUUCGUAGUAUUCGUAAAGAAACUAGAGAAUGCAAAAAAUAUUCCUUGACCAAGCACGAUAUGUCGACUUCAUACGAAGUCUCCUAUAAGAAAGGCAGCGUUUCAUUGAUGGUUGACAUGUGUCCGUCGCUGGCGUCCGUCCAUAUUUUCUUGGGAGUAAACGAUGAAGGAUUUACAAAUGAGGAGUUAUUAGGUUUUCGAGAACUUAAACAACUAAAAAAUCUCACAAUUGUAGUCUCGUUAUCCAUCAUGCCGUUCUCUAUUCGUGGCGGAGUAAUUCCUCUUCUACAAGCUCGUGGCCAUACACUUGAAGAAUUAUGUUUAUCGAUGGAAGUAACGAGUGAAGAAGUGUAUCACAUCAUCGAGUGCUGCCCGAAUGUUCGCCGUUUGCUUCUUGAUAUAAAAGGAAUGAAUCUGGAAACUCCCGAACUGUUGUUUGAUCACUCUUUUCCUUGGGAUCUGGAAACUCCCGAACUGGUGGUAGAUGAUCGCGUCCACUCUUCUCUUUGUUCCCCAAAGGAAGUAUUUCCGUUAAGGAUGCUGGAUUCUCUGCGAUUUUACAAUUUUUCCCGAGUCGCUAAAUACGACAUUUCACGCAAAUUGUUGCUAUUGCUUUUGUCUUCCCCUACUCUUACCGACAUUUUCAUAAACGAGUGUUUAACUCUUGAUGACCAAAUCAUUGAGGAAGCUUGCACUAAAAACAGUUUCAAGUAUUUGACCAAGUUAAACUUUCGCAACUGUUAUAAUGUGAGCCAGAAAGGCAUCGAUUUCUUCCUGAACGAAGCGAAUCCUUUGUCCGAAAUCAUUCUAGAUAACUGUGGAAAUGAGUUGAACCUUGAGAAUAUGAAAACCAUGGCUCAAGAGAAGCAUUGGAAGGUAAAAAUAGUUGUUGAAUAUGAAGAAGAUUUCCAUUUCCCUUAUGAACAUUGAAUGAAGAAGAGAGGUUGUCACAGUGAGACAAAUGUUUUUUUUUCUUGUUUUACCUGUUCGAACACUUUUUUUAUGUUUAUAUGCUUUCACAAAAUGCCCACUUAAAAGAAAAAAGAAUAUUGUUUUGUCAAAUUUCUUUUUAUCUGUGGUACUCAAGAAAUAGUAAUAAAUUUAAUAACAUCAAU